AUGGCCGCCCCCAAAGCCAUCAUCACCAAGGUCGUCAGUCCUGCCCACAGCACCGCCCGCCCCCCGCUCAGGGCGAGUAUCGGCGCCGCUCCCGCCGUAGGCUGCGUCCCAGACACAGAGGGCUCAGGAGUCGGCGAGACGGUGGAGAGGAGACACACCAGCAAAUGUGUGGCGGUAGAAGGUGCGCGGCUCCGGUCUAAACGCGGCCGUGGCAUAGCACAGAAUCGCCGACGCAGACGAUUCGAAGACGGUGGCGGUUUCGCACCGGUCAAGGCCGCUACUGUCUGUGUGAGUGAGCCCAGCUCUGCUUUGGUCCAUUGUCCAUUGUCACCGCCAAGCACUCACCAGUCCGACCUCGACCCGUCGUCGUAA